AUGGAUGAUACUUCUCUACACGUUUACCCUGGAUACUUUGGUGCCGAAGCAGAGGCAGACGCACGGCGAACCUUUCGCUUCCAUCGCGGUGAGGUUGUUAUGUUUUGUGGGAACUUGGCGCACGCUGGAGCAUGGUUUAGACACCGCAACGUCCGCCUACAUUGUUUCAUCAAGAGAGCCAGCUUAGUUCUCACAGGCGUUCGUGUACAACCGGUGGGUUCGAGUGUCCAUACUGUGAAAAAUGCUAUGCUAUUCGGAACUCUCUAA